CGUGGAGCUGGUAUUUCUUCGAAUUAUGUGAGUCUGACUGUUUCAUACCACCCUGGGUGUGGCUGUGUGAGAUUAUGAUUAACUUUGCUACAGUGUUAUGAGCUGUAUGAAGCCGAAUAUGAUUUUGUAGUAUUGGUCUCGGAUUAUCCCGGAAGUAAACUGCCAGGAGGAUUGGUGGAGAAGUUCAGGUUUGAAAAGCAUUAUCAAUUGGCUUUGACAAGAGCUCCUGUUAGUUGGCGUUGAAUCAGGUGACUCACGACCUUCUUGUACGUUAUGUCUUUCUGUGUAAAGUGAAUGAUAAUCAGAUUAUCCCUUAUCUCCUUGGAAAACACAACUUGCAGUCAGUCUGCGUUGGCUGCUUUGAUCAGUUGGGCUUAACAUACACGCCUUGAGAUCGACAUCUUGGAAGUUUUCUUCAUCAGAAGUGACUUCAUGCAGUACCCACGAUGCGAAGUUUUUUCACUCCUCAGGGAACGUCAACAGUAUUCGCAUGUCAGUUGGUAGUUUAUGGACAACUUCAUGCGUUGAACGCUAAAUUUGGCCUCCUAUACCUUUUGCACAUGAGAGAAAACUUAAAUCGCCAGUGUACGUGAGAAUAUCAGGGGGUGUUUUGAGGUGUAAAUUACUGCAUUAUUUGAUCACGUGCCUGUAUGGUAAAAAAGAUGUCCAGAAUGUAUCUUGUCUUCCGGUGCAAGUUGUACCCUUGUGAUUAGCUGCAUGAAAGGGAUUUCAGGAGGAUUUGUCUCUGGAUAACUUCACUAACUCGUCGACACAUUUGUUGUUGUUGGGACAAGAUGAGCAAGACUAAGACAUCCCUUAAUGGAGAUGUAUCACGCGUAGAUCGGCCAUCUGAGGAUGUUCAUCAUCCAGUGAAGUCGCCAGUAAAAUGCAAGAGACCAUCACAUCGCAUUCCAACUGACAUGGGACAGAAGUUUUCAAGACGACCAGAGAAGAGUAAUUUUGCUAUCUUGAGCCGAGGCAUGAAUAUGACGAAAUACAAGUCCGUGGUGGUGUCUGACCAAAGGUCCAUUUCAGAUGAUCUGCCUUCUCGACCGGACGUUGUGCAGCCUGUGGUGCCUAUCAACAAGAAACCCAAAAAUGUCCCACCAGGGCCUGUGUGCAUAAAAUCAGACAUCUCGAGAGGGUCAGACAGUGUAAGCAAAUAUGUUGAGGAAAAGGGAAGGUCUGUGAGUGUGCCAAGUGAGCAGGCAGACAACACUAAGAAAACACAGGAACUUCCAACAAAAAAUGCACAUACAUUAAUUCAGGAUAGCAAAGCAAGGACUAGCAGUAUUUGUGAUGAACCCACCAAACUGUUGUCUCACAGUAAAGUUUCGUCUGUGCACCCUAGCAAAGGACAGGCGCUUUACAUUGCCGGUUGUUACUGCAGGUAAAACAAAUGGUAGUACCAAUAGUAGUGUUGCAGAUCCCAAGCCUGCUAUAAAAAGACAGUCGGCAGAUAUAGGAAAGCUUAAAAAGUCAGUGAAGAUACAUGAUAAAAUGACAGUAGUGGAAAUAGAACCCCAACUCGACAGAACAACAGAAUCCAGUGCAAUUCGCGUAGAAACUUCUCCUUUGGGAACUCCCUUGACUGCACGGGAUAGCGGUCAAGGUACUUCAAAUUUGUCCCUUGUAUCAAUAAACAGUGAUGGCGUAGAAUCAUCAUCUAUAAUGCCUGAGAGACAGAUUUUACUGGAUAGUGGCAUAGACUCUGAAAAGAGUGUUGGAGAUUUUUCAGUAGAUGAUGCAGAUAAAGCUAAUUUGAAGUUAUUAAUUGAAGAGCAGAAGCGCAAGAAAGAUGGUGAAACAGAAGCUCAACAGAAAAAAGAAGACCAAGAAGAAAAGGCUGUGGCAACAUCCCACGAUGGACGCUUCAUGAAGUUCGAUGUUGAAAUAGGUAGAGGAUCGUUCAAGACAGUUUAUAAGGGAUUGGACACGGAAACGGGUGUUGCAGUGGCUUGGUGUGAACUACAGGAUAAAAAGUGGAAUAAAUCUGAAAGACAGCGUUUUAGAGAAGAAGCAGAAAUGUUGAAAGGCCUACAACAUCCCAACAUUGUACGUUUCUACGACUCUUGGGAAGACCCAUCACCUCGGGGUAGAAAAGUUAUAGUUCUGGUUACAGAAUUAAUGACUUCUGGAACUCUGAAAACCUACAUUCGACGGUUUAAGAAGAUCAACAUGAAGGUGCUAAAAAACUGGUGCAGACAGAUUUUGAAGGGCCUUCAUUUUCUACAUACAAGAACUCCACCAGUAAUUCAUCGAGAUUUGAAGUGUGAUAAUAUUUUCAUCACUGGAACAACAGGGUCAGUGAAGAUUGGAGAUUUGGGCCUGGCAACUCUGAAAAAUAAAUCAUUUGCUAAAAGUGUUAUAGGUACUCCUGAGUUCAUGGCACCAGAGAUGUAUGAAGAACACUAUGACGAAUCCGUGGAUGUGUAUGCUUUUGGAAUGUGUAUUAUGGAAAUGGCCACAUCAGAGUAUCCCUACAAGGAAUGCACCAAUGCUGCACAAAUUUAUCGGAGAGUCACAAGUGGUAUUCGGCCAGAAUCAUUUGACAAAGUGGAAAACUCAGAGAUUAAGGAUAUCAUAGAUGGCUGCACAAGAAGCAAUAAGGAAGAAAGAUACACUGUGAAGGAGCUUCUGCAACACGACUUCUUUCUUGAGGAUACUGGUGUGAAGGUGGAGGUGGCAAAUAAAUUGGGAGAUGAUGAUUCAGAUAAAGUGGCUUUACGACUGAGAGUUGUAGAUCCCAGGAAGAGGAAGGACAAGCAUAAGGAAAAUGAAGCUAUUCAGUUUGAAUUCCAUAUUCAUAAAGAUGUUCCAGAGGAACUGGCACAAGAAAUGGUAAAGUCUGGAUUUUUACAAGAAGAAGAUUUACGGGCAGUUACAAAACAGAUUAGAGAUCGAGUGUCCCAGGUUGUGCGUGAUCGUGAAAGAAAGGCUGCAGAUGCUCAAAACAAGAAUGUGCCGGGUUCUGCCUCUUCAUCCGUUAUUCCUAGUGGUGAGAAGAGCAUAUCUGGACAAUCCAGUGUGAGUGGUCAGUAUGGAGGCACUGGUGCUAGCAAUCCUGACCUUGGACAGCCAUCUUCAACCCUGUCUGGACAAAUUGCAGGUGGACAACAGCCACAUUCAGUUCAAGCCAUACCUGGGCAAAACCAUCAACAGUCUUCUCAGACUACACAGAACAAGCAGUUAAAAGAAGCAGGGGAUGCACCUAAUGAGUCGACAACUACAAAACAAGACCUAAGUCUUCAGCAUCCGGGAACUCCUUCCCAACCGGCGUCUCAUCAGCCUCAUAAUCAACCCAUGCAACAGUAUUUCCCCCAGUUUCCCUAUGGAUUUGGGCUACCACCCUAUUACUUUACCAAUCCUGCAUCAUUAUCCCAGUCAAAUGCAACUAAUCAGUUGCCGUACCUUCUGCAGGGUCAGCAGUUGCAGGAAUUUCCACAAGUUCCAGCUUCGUCCCACUACAUGAGAAGGUUCGAGUCAUGCUUGGCAAGACAGCGGCCAUCCAAUAUGACCCAGUUGGAUAUUAUAGCAGCCCAGCAAUAUCAGCAGCAGAUGUUCCAUCACUUGUCUCUUCUACAGGGAUAUCCAGCUGGUCCGACACCCUAUCAUACUUACAGUCAACCACCUCAGCCUUUGGCCCAUACUGAAGAUUCUACUUUGUCCAGCAGAGAAAGUGAAAAUGAAGGUCAGUUUGGGGCAUCAGAAAGGGUGAGAAAGAAAUCCAAAUCCAGACGGAAAAAGGCAGACAGAACCCCUCGUCUUACCAUUCUUGCUGUGGAUGACCAAGAGCUUGAAGUGGAAUGUCGACUUGAGACGUCUAACAGAAGCACUGUGACUUUCAGGUUCUCUUUAGAAAAUGACAGGCCUGAGGAGAUUGCUGAAAACUUGGUUGGUGAAGAUUUAUUACCAGAUCACCAAGCUGGGAUUUUCAUUGAGCUCAUGCAACAAGUAAUAACUCUUGUAAAAGAGAAUCCAGUUGUGGCAGUAAACAUGUGUGUAAGCCUGGCUAAUACUCCUACGUCUAGUCCAAGUACCCAGCGUCGUUCCAGCAGGCAGCUGGACUCAGAAACAUCUAAGUUUCAGAAGUUGAACUUUGGUGAUGGAGAAAGUGAGAAGACGUUUGGAGUUGAAAAGGAAACAAGUGUUGAGCCAACAGAAAAAGAAUCUAGUCAAACAUCAUCCCCGGUGAAACCAGAUGCAUCUGACACAGACAUUACUGAACCCAGUAAAGUUGUGCAAAGUAAAACGAAGAAAUUCAUGGUGUGUAAGGUGUCAGAAAUAAACCUUUCGGAACAAAAGCUCCCAGAGGACGACAGUGAGUAUCCUGUUGACACUUCGAGUUCUUCGACAGUUAACUUGGAAAGUACACAGCUACCAAGUGAUGGCCUAGAAGGAUCAGAAAGGAGUCAUCCUCCUCUGACAUCCUCACAGAGUAGUACUGUUAUCUCCGAAUAUGAUGCCAUGUCCAGCAGUGUAGAACUGGAUAAGAACAAGAACUCGCACUCACAAUCUGCACUGACAGUGCCCCUUGAUAUAAAUGCUCUAGCUGAUAAGCUGCAGGAGUUUAGAAACUCUAAAAAGCCUGCUCACCCAUUGAAUGGAAAUGUAGACUCGCUUCCACCACCCCAGACUAUCGUGCCCGCUUCUACACCUGUAAUUGACAAUCCAAGUCUACCGGGAGAUGGACCAGCUCUUCAUCCAAACCAGGUGAGCAGUUCUCAGAAUAACCUUCAUCUCCAAGAGCAGAAUGCUCAGCCUGCAGUUGUGCCUCUCUCAGUGUCAGUCACAAAUGUCACAGAUAGCUCUCCUGUGGGGCAAAAUGGUACAGGGCAGGCAUUUUAUCCCUAUGGAAAUCCAGCAUACCAAAUGCAUAAUAUACACCAGCAGUAUCUACUCCAGCAACAAGUAGCUCAUAUGUUGCACCCAAAUUACUUCCAGUUUUACCAGUCAGAUCCGUUACAGCAUUUACAGUUGCAAGCCUACAUUCAGGCUUUACAAGGACUGAAUCCAGGGCAGAUACCUGGUCAGUACUAUUAUCCAGCUCAGCUUGGCGUGACAGCUCAGAUGCCUGCAGUGAAUGGAGCAGCAGGUGGAAAAACUGGUGGCAUUGGCAAUCAGUCUGAUUUUUCCAGUGGAAAUUAUGCCAGUCAAACUGACCUUAGCCAGAGGAACAAAGAUCAAGAAGGACAAAGCCAUUUGUUGUUUGAAAGUGUUCCAAACACGUACCCACCUGGUGAUGGGAGGUCAACUGACAUUCUAAAUUUACCAAUGCAGGGACUGGUGAAUGGAGUGUUGGAUUCUCCUGUGCAAAGCCCGCAUCCAAAGAAAUUGGACAUUAACCUUGCAAAUCUGGAACAAGCUUUAAUAGAGAAGCUUCAUGGAAAAAAGGACCCAUCUGCUGGGUCUGUCCAAAGUACUCCCUUGCCAGUAACUACACCAACAGUGCCAGUGUUGCCAGAGGUCACAGGACAAAUCCCAUCUCCCUCAGAAGAACAAAAAGCUAAUUUUUUGCUAGACACCUUGGCAAGGACAGGCGAAGGAAGCAUAACAAAGCAGAAGGAAUCUACUCAACCUAGUGAUGACAAUUUAUUUAAGGUUCCAGAAAGACCACCUGUGAAAAAGUCACGAUUCAGUGUCAGUGUGGUUACAGAUGACCCCACUUCAAAAACCGCAUCUGCUUCCCCAAUGCCUUCAACAAGUGAUGCCUCUGAAAAUUCCACGAAUAUUUCAAAAUUAGAAACAACGAAGGAUAUAGCAGGGCAAACUGGUGCUGUAACUGAAGAGUAUAAAGCAGUGUGGGAGUUGGACUAUGAUGGCAAAAAAGACCAAAAAGCCUUUCAUCUUCCUGCUAAACAGGACAGUGACUCUGAUCUAACAUCCAAAGUAACAAAGAGGGGCCGAUUCCAAGUGACAAGAAUGCGUGAAGAAUCUCUGACACCUUCUAAUUCUGUUUCCAACCUUCCAGCUCUUGCUUUAUCUUCUGUGCCAAAUCAGUCCUUGGAGGAUGGAGAUCUAUGUUCUAGAGAGGGAUUAGCUAAUGUAAGGAGCAUGCUGUCUAAUGGUCAUAUUAUAUCAAAAGCUGAUGCUCAUGACAAAGAUUCAGAGCAAGUGUAUAUGGUAGAGAGAGAUGCAGAGUACAUAGAGAUGCUGGUCAGGCAUAAGAGAGAGCGAGAUGAUCUUCUUCAGAGACAGCAGAAAGAGGUGGAGGACUUCAAACAGCGUAAGGGACUACAACUUGGUCCUUCACCCUUACCAAAUCCACUGUUAAGUCCAGCUUUAGUAUCGACUCUAACUCCUGGCGGAAUCCCUUUGGCACCUCUUGAGGAGAGAGGCCUGAACCCUGUGAAUGUGGAUCAUGUUUGCUUUAAUCCCAGUCCUGCAGAUCAGGAACUGAAAACGAAAUGGCCUAAAACCCAGGGCGAAUGCAGUAUUAAUAUGAAUAGUCAGGAACCUGGACUCCUGCAAACCUCUACUUCAGCCUCCUCAUUGACCACUGGAGCAAUGAACGGUUCAUCUAAAAAAAGUUCAACAGAUGUGGAGAUGCAUGGUCCUCAGAACAAGCCAUCAGAUGGAACAGUGUAUGCAGCGAAGCAAAAAAGUUUGCAAUAUUUCCCUCUACUUUACCCCCAGUUUCCAUUGCUCUCCAUUCCAGGUUUUCAGUCGCUAAUAUCUAAGAAGCCACAGAUGCCAACUAAAGUUGCUGAUGACCAACCAGCCACCAUCCAGAAAACUAGCCAAAAAAAUCCUGAAAACAAACUGGCAAAACAGGAGCCUCAAUAAGUGCUAUACCAAACGUCUUUCACUUAAUAUUUGCAAAGUAUUUUAUGCACAUGAGACUCAUGAACCUGUUUGACAUCUUAAGUGCUUAGAUAAUUUCAACUUCAAAAGGGAUGAAAAAAAAUUGAAAUUGUAAAUUGACGAGACCCAAUUUGGUGCUUCUGCAUUGAAGCUGUACUCUUGUGAUCUCUGACGAUGUGCUUUGUACAAAUAUUAUGAUUAAAAUAUAUUUGGCUUUUAAUUUCGUACAUGUAGCUGUUGGAAACUUUGCAUUGCACUUACAACAGAGCUUAUACUAAUAUGUAUGAAUAUGCGGGACUCGGUGUGAGUUUUGGUUUGUACAUAAUUAUUUUGUUCUGUUAAAGUGCAAGAUGUAAAUAACGAAACAUGAAUUGUGGAACACUUCAAGGUCAUGAUACAACAUGUAUUUGUGUUUAUUUAUUUUUUCUUCUUGCUGAAUAGUAUUUCCCAAAGACAUUGUUUCCAACAAGUAAAUUUUCUUAUGACUUUCUUUUCUGUAUUUUUAAGUUGAAGCAGAUAUGUGCAUUAAUUUUGUCACGAUUGAUUUGUUGUAUUUUGUGUGUUGUUUGGGUUGGGAUAAAAAAUUAACAUAAAAAAAAAGUUUUGAAAAAUUGGCUUCUUAUUGAAUAUUUCAGUUUUAAUGUGGCAAUUUUGACUUCAUCAGUGUACCUGUGGACAGACAGCAUGUGUUGUUGCUAGGAAGACAAUUUAAAAAGGAAGGCUGUUCAUUAAAAUGUUGCUGAUUUCAAGAUACUCUUCAAUUGAUGGAAAAGAUCACUGGAUUGAUUGCCUGUUUGGCACAUUCAAGGACAGAUUCUUUUUUAUUGGAAAUCUGUCGUAAAAUGUCAAUUAUUUUACUCAAAUAUAGUUUGAGAAGAGCUUCAUCUUUCUAAUAUCUACUCAAAAUAUGAGGUAUUUUCACUGAAAGUUUGGAUUAGCGACAUUACCUGUAGUAUGGAAUGUUUAGGGUCGAAAUUAAAUGUCAUUGUUUUUAACGGUUGACAUUCUUUUGAGGCUUGUAGUCCAGCUUUUUUUUCUCUCAUGGAAUAUCUCCUUGAGUGUAUCUUUCAUUUUCGCACUUUGUGGCCACUAAGACCUUUCAAGGAAACAUCUUUAUCAUUUUUCUCUGUGUGAAAUAAAAGAAAACAUUUUAUGUUACUA